AUGUCCAAGCCCUCCUCCCGUCUGGGUCGACCCGGUUCAGCGGGGUCUAAGAGCCCCAGUUUGAGGAAGGAGCUGCAGGGUAAUCGCUCAUGCAUGCUGAGGAUCGGGGAGAGGCUGAUGAGGGCAGGCAGCGAGGGGAACCUGGUCCAGAGACCCGCUCCAGCCCAGAGCCAGAGCCACGCUUCCUCAGCUGGAUUAGGGUCAAGAUCGAACGGGCGGACGCAGGCUGCAGCCCUGGAGGAGAAACCCACAGGAAACACCUCCAGCAAAGAUCCAGGAAACUCCCUGUCCAGAGUCUCCUCUUCUUCUUCUGCUGGGGACAGCAGCACUAAGCAUCUGCUGCAGAAGAAACAACACACCAGCAGCAGCCUGCUCUGUAACCCACACGUCUCCUCCUACGGUCCAGCUCCACGCUCUCCCAGCACUUUACCUCGAAGCUACGCCGCCGCUACUGGUGCCAGCAGCAGGGACAGCCAGCUGGACAGCCUGAUGAUGCAGCACUCGGAGGUGGAGAGAAAGAAGGAGGUGUUUCUGGACCACCUCAGGCAGAAGUAUCCUCACCAUGCUGCCAUUAUCAUGGGACACCAGGACCACAUGAUGGAACAGGUGAGGAGUCUGCAGCCCUCUGAGAGCCCCCUCUGUGCAGGUGAGCUGGGCCUGGUGGAGCAGCAGGACCCUCUAGCUUCAGAGACCAUGUCCGAAGGAGAGGUGCUGCCCCCCGCAGUCCCCUUUUCAAGGGGCUGUAAAGCCAGAGCAAGUCUACCUGUGGGUCGCUCGAGUGGUCAGACCAGAGAGAGGCCGCUUGGUGUGUUGUACCUGCAGUAUGGGGAGGAGACCAAGCAGGUGAGGAUGCCGGCUGACAUCAGCAGUCAGGACGCCCUGUGGGCGCUGUUCGUCACCGCCUUCCCCCAUCAGCUCACCAUGAAGAUGCUGCAGUCUCCCAACAUGGCCAUCUACAUCAAAGACACCAGCCGCAACGUCUACUACGACCUGGACGACAUCAGAAACAUCACACCCCACUGCUGUCUGAAGGUUUAUCAUAAAGACCCAGCACAGGUGUUCAUCCGCCACACCAGAUCUGCCAGCACGGAGGGGAGGGUAAGGACCAACACGAGCCGAGGGAAGCGUCAGGGCAGUUGUGAGGCGUCCGCAGCAGCAGUGUGCAGAGUGACACUGGCUGUUCCUGGGUCAGUGUGGCGGUCGGAGCCUGGAGCCACUGAGCUGUGGUGUUCACAGAUCUCCAAAGAGGUGUUGUAUGGCAGUCACAGUCCGGUCCACACCCUGUCGUCGUCCAGCCGCAGCACCCUGCACAGCCUGCAGGGCUCCAUGUCUCCCCCCAUGGUCCGCUCCGUGCCCUCCUCUCCCUCCAGGAUGGCGUACGGGAGCUCACGAGGGGGGACGGGCGCGGUGGAUCCGGGCAAUGCCACAUUACCGCGGGAACGCCUGUCAGGGGUGGGGCGGUCGAGCAGCGUCUGCACCAGCAGCAGUGUCAUCCUGGAGAGGAGAGACGUCAAGCCUGGUGAGGACGGAGGAGGAGGUCGCCUCAGCUUCGCCUCCUCCCAGUGCAGUGCUCCUCCCUCUGUCACUGCAGACAUGGUUGAUGCAGGGGUACCAGGGAUCCCAGGGGUGCUGCACCAGUACCGGGCCUCCGUUAAACCGCUGAUGGGGUACGGAGAGAGCACGGAGCACCCGACCCACUCCCUCCACAGACAGAAGAGUAGGAAGUACGGAGAAAGCCAGCUGCCUUCCCUGGGAACCAAAACCCCGCCCUCUUCCCCUCACAGAGUCAGUGAGGUCAGGAUGAUUGACGGACAGGUCGCCGGAGGAGUGGGCCUGGUGUCGGCGGAGAGGAUGUCACCGAUUCGCCGGUCCCUGCGGCGGGACAGUAAUGGAGCCACUGUGGAGAUUAUAAACAGAAGCAGAGGAAGCGGCUCGUCGUCCUCCACCUCGUCUGUGUUCGUGGACAGCCCUCUGGGACAGCCAGAGCGGUUGUUUCAGGGUCACGUGACCGCCAGCAACACCCAGAGUGAGCGAAUGAAAGCCAUGGAGGAGCAGAUAGCCAGUCUAGCAGGGCUGGUGCACCACGCUCUGUCUAUGGGACCAGAUGUUCCAGGAGUCAAGGACGCUAUCAGUGAGAGUGCUGGACGUAAACUCCUCAACAACAGACCAGUGUCGUCUGAGCCUCAGAACUCCACCGCUUUGAUUGACAGCUUCAGCCCCGCCCCUCUGGCUCUUCAGGCCCCUCCCUCUGACGGCGGGCUGCAGCAGAGCUUGGUGUUAGCAAAGAGAAGUGUGUGUGAGCUGCGACUGCAACUCAGCCAACUCAGACAACUACAGCUGUUGAACCAGGAGAGCGUGAGUUCGAUGCUGAGGAUGGCGGGUCAGGAGCUGGUGGGGUUGAUGUGUGAUCGGCUGGCUCAGUCCGAGGAGGCGGCGCACGGACGGAGAGCUGAGCUGGACGAGGAGAGGAUCCACUACCUGGCCACUGAGGACAGAAUACUCUCCCAGCUCAGUGAACUGGAGGACUACGUGGACCGUCUGCAGAGGAGCUCCGCCUCCGAUCCCGGCCAGCUGUCAAUCACUUUGAGAGACGUGGAGGAGGGGGCGGUGAGCCUGAGGCGGGUCGGGGAAGCUCUGGCCGUCCUGAAAGGUGAGUUUCCAGAGCUGCAGGUGAGGAUGCGCUCCGUGCUGAGGGUGGAGGUGGAGGCGGUGCGCUUCCUGAAGGAGGAGCCUCACAAGAUGGACUCCAUGUUGAAGAGGGUCAAAGCCUUGACGGAGACGCUCAGCUCUCUGCGCAGGUGUGUGUCAGAGUCAACCCCCCCAGGUCGACCUGCCCAGGUGGAGCCUCUAAAGGUCCUGGAAACAGAGCAGGGACCCCCCAGGACUCAGAGCCCUCAGAGCUCCCCCAAACCGCAGCCUCGGUCCUCUGUCAGACCCCCUCUUCAAACCCCCCCCCUCUCUGGGACUGAGGUCAGUGUGGGGGGGUCAGCCUCCCCCGUCAUGACCCGCAGGAUGACGAGCACAGUGGCCACAGUGAUCCAACCCCCCCACCACCACCCCAGCCCCCCACUGACGCCCACCCACGGACGAGACUCCCCCACCGUCGCCAAGACCAGCAGAACAGAUGCAGACGAGCGGCCCCCCAGCUGUGACUCCAGUCGGCCUCCCAACACCAACGCAGAUUUAGACCAGGUCCUCCAGGAGGCCCAGGCCAGCCUGAUGAAGUCCAUCCCUGAUCUGGAUGUGUCCGAUACCAGAGAGGGUGUCAGUGAACCUCCCCCAGGACAGAACCUACCUCUGGACCCGGCACAGCAAGCUCCACCAGAUGUGGAGCCUCCUCCGUCAGCUGCUCCAGUAGCUGCUGAAUCAGCUGCUCCAGUAGCUGCUGAAUCAGCUCCUCCAUCAGCUCCUCCAUCAGCUGUUUCCAGCGGUCGGCCACAGGUGGAGAAACCCCGGCGCUCCAGCGUGGACAAAGAGAUGAGGCAGAGUCCAGACAGGAGCCGCAGGUCUUCUCCUCCUCCUCCUCCUCCUCCACGAAGGUUCCACGCCGUCAGCUCAGGUGUCACCACAGGGAGGUCAGGAGAGGUCAUCUUCACCACCAGGAGAGAGCCGGCUGGAGCACAGGAGGAGAAACAGGACAAAGAGCCUCCUCCGGUUCCUCAGCCCAAACCCCCAAGACAGCCACCAGAGGUCAAACCCAAACCCCAGAUGUGUGCUCCUGCACCUCUGGCUGGCUCCACUUCCACCCCUGCUCCAACCUCAGUGACUACAGAACUGUCAAAAAAGAAUAAAUUGCCAGGUGGAACUAAGCAUUUGAAAGGAAAGCUGAGGAAAUCUUCAGCAUCACAAGUGGCCAAUCAAAAGCCUCCUGAGUUAGCAACAUGUGACCACCAGUCAUUCAGACCAGCAGCUGGACUGGAAGAGCAAGGUGGAGGCGGGAAAGACCGGGUCAGUCUCUAUCAGAGGAGGGGAGCAGGGCAGAAGGUGGUCCACCAAGGGUCUUCCUUAAACCGUACAACAGCAGAGAAGGUGGAGCUGCCUCCACCUGUUGCUUUACAAGAUGCUCAGUUAACACUUAACAGGGAGCUAGGUGGGAAGAUGUGCUCCCCAACCACAGCAGAAAAUAAAGUCAAGGUCACAACAAUUGUUACUCUACAGAAAGUAAAGAGUGGAGGGUCUGAGCCCCCAGGUCCUGAGAAGACUCAUGGAAAAGUUGUGAAAGAGGUUCCAGCUGACAAGAAGUCAAACAUGAUGGUUAUUGUAACUUUACAAAAAGAAAACUCUCCAGAGGAUUGUUCGUCCCUGAGCUCGGAUCAGGAGCGUUUCCCUUUUCCUCCGUCCCCAAAACCUCCCCCCCUCCCCUCCAGCCCGACUCUCAGCCACAGCAACAAGCAGCAGAACCAGGAAACAGCAGUGCAGGGAACCAGGGACCGGUCGCAGUACACAGAAGAAGGAGGUAGUCUGAGCCCCGAUCGAUGGGACGACGAAGGACCUCCUCCUCCGCCACCUCCAAACAGUGACAUCAGCCUCAGGAUGUCCAAGACCAGAGUCAGGGCACAGUCCAAAGAGGAAGACUUAGUCCAGAUGAACGGUUUUGACACACAGACUGGAGAAUCCACUCGCCUGGCACAUGAGGACCAAAGUUUCGAGGACAGUAACGACAAGAGACCUAUCAUCGUCAUCUUGGAUGAGCCCAUGGACAUUCAGUCAGCCUACAAACGUCUGUCCACCAUCUUUGAAUCUGAGGAAGAUCUCGAUGGGAUCCUCACUCCAGAGAGCGUAGUGGAUGAAGAGCAGACGAGGCACGAGGAAGAGGAGCAGGGCCUGAGAAAACUCUGCAUCGCCGAGAUAAAGCACCAAAGACCAGAUACUGACUCCGCUUUUGAAAACCAGGACCUGGGUAAAGCAGACUCGCCCAGAAAGACAGAGACCAAGAAGAAAUUCAAAUUCAAGUUCCCCAAAAACAAACUAGCUGCAAUUACCCAAGCCCUUCGAACAGGGACGAAGACAGGAAAGAAGACUCUGGAUGUUGUUGUGUAUGAGGAGGAGGAGGAGGAGAUGGCAUCAGACAGCAGGCUGGUGAAGGAGACCAAGAACCAGACCAGGGAAUCCAGGAGCUGUGAGAUCAGCAGGACCAAACAUUUGAACUCGUGUGAAGGCAACAGCUGUGACAGAGACCUCAAGGUGUCCUCUCCCAGACUCUCCACAUCACACAGCCGGGUGGAGGAGCUCUGCAAGACUACAUUACACUCUGUCGGCAAUCUAGAAGAGUCCAUCAAACAGCUGGAGAUCAGUGUGGGCAGUAUAAGUAACCCCUCUUCCCCCCCCUCCAUUCAGUCUGCUCCUCCUCAGUCCCCUGGUGCUGCCUCUGAUGACAGGGCCCAGAUUAAAGGCAAAGUCAAACGAGAAAGGGAGAGAAGCCCGUCCAAGAGGCCGGCCCCUCAGAUCCUCAAGGGCCCAAAUCCUCCUCAGAGCAAGAGGGCCAAACCACAGCCAGCACACGACACGGGGAAAACCUCCUCCAAGAAACAGGUCCGGAGUUCCUCUCCCUGCAGAGCUCGCUUGCUUCAGUGGUGCUGGUCUGGGGCUGGUCUGGGGCUGGUCUGGUGCUGGUCUGGGGCUGGUCUGGGGCUGGUCUGGUGGUGGUCUGGUGCUGGUCUCGUGCUGGUCUGGUGCUGGUCUGGGGCUGGUCUGGUGCUGGUCUGGUGA